AUGUUCUUCUCCACCAAAGCUCUUGCUCUCCUUGUCGCUUCUUUGGCUAUCGCUUCUCAAGCUUCCCCCGUCCCUGAGGAAGCUGCUACCAACGCCGAGGCCCAAAUUGGUCCAACCCAUACUGGCGACGCUACUUUCUACACCCCCGGUCUCGGAGCCUGUGGACGUAACAACAACGCCAACGAGCUAGUCGCUGCCGCAGCUGUAGGUGUCUUUGACAACUUCCCUGGACACACCGCCAAUCCCAACAAGAACCCCAUCUGUGGGAAGAAAGCUAAAGUCUCCUUUGGUGGAAAAUCUGUCACUGUCACUAUCGUUGACCGAUGCCCUGGCUGCGGAGCCUCUGGGAUUGAUCUUUCCCCCGCUGCGUUCCAGAAACUCGCGCCAUUGAGCAAGGGCAGGUUGCGGGGUGCCAAGUGGACCGUCCAAUGAUCAGGAUAGGGUCCACCAUCCAGGAGUGGAAGUUUGGUAGUCGC